UCCACACUGAACUGGAUUAUAUGGCAGUUUGGACUCAAGAUAGCCGGUUCUUGUAAGCCGCUCCGAGCCCUAGGGGAGUGGCGGCAUAUAAGUUUGAAAAAUAAAUAAAUAAAUAAAUAAUCCAGUUCAAAGCAGACACUGGGGAUUAUCCUGCCUUGGCAUUCUGGGUUAUAUAGGUAUUUGGUAGGGCCUUGAGUCUACACUGCCAUAUAAUCCAGUUCAGAUCAGAUAAUUUGUAUUUUAUAGGCAGCUAGCUUUGCCCGGCCACGCGUUGCUGUGGCGAAGUAUGGUGGUAUAGGAAAUAAAGUCUUGAGGAAUUGGUGGUAGUUAAGGUAAAGGGUAAAGGUUCCCGCCUGUUUAUGUUGGAUAAUUGAGACUCUACUGUAUAUUGAUAAUCUUAUAUUAUCUGCUUAGAACUGGAUUAUAUGAGGCCCCUUCUACACAGCUGUAUAAAAUACACAUUGAAGUGGAUUAUAUGGCAGUGUGGAGUCAAGAUAAUGCAGUUCAAAGCACAUAAUAUAAUAUUAUAAAUGGGUUAUAUAGCUGUGUGGAAGGACCUGGAGUCUACACUGCCAUAUAAUCCAGUUCAAAUCUGAUAAUCUGUAUUUUAUAGGCAGUGUGGAAGAGGCCUAAGUGAGGCCUAACUCUGCCUGUCCCCUGGGCUGAGUGGGUUGCUAGGAGACCAAGUGGGCGGAGCCUAGCCUUCUAAUUGGCAGCAAUUGGAUAAAAACAAUUAUUCCUCUCCCUCUAAUUAGGACUUUAUUUUUCUUUUCUUUUUGUUGUAUGAACGUAGAGGCAUGGAUGAGGGAUUGUGCUGCCAAGUUUAGUGUUUCUGGGAUGUGUAGUUUUGUUGUUUUGUCCUAGGCCGAAAUUUCAUUAUCCUUUUAUAUAUAUAGAUUACAUGUAAUAUAAAUAUACAAAUAUAAUAGUGUAUUAUUAUAAUUAUAUUGUGUUACAUUAUAAUAUUAUCAAUAUUAUAUGUAUAUACAAUAUGUUAUAUUAUUAGUAUAGCAUAAUAUAACAACAACAAUAAUAAUAGUAAUAAUAAUGCUCCUCUAACAGCAACAUGAGAGGCCUGGUUUUUUCUAUCAUGGAAUGGAAAUGAUUUGUCACCCUGGCUGCUGACGGUCACCUCUGAACAAACCUUGUGAAGAAGACCCUGUGAGAGCUUUGCCCUAGGAAUGCCUCAGGACUGAAAUAAAGGGUCACUGCACUGGCAAGAACAAAGAAUUAGUAGGAGAAAGGCAUAUUUCAAGCGACGUACUUGGAGGUCUGAACGAACUUUGUGAAGAACACUCUGUGAGAGCUUUGCCCGAGGGCUGCCUUAGGACUGAAAUAAAGGGGAAAAACUGGCAAGGACAAGAAAUAUGUAAGAGAAAGAUAUAUUUCCAGCGACAUACCUGGGCAGUCAAGGAGGAAAGGAGGAUUCUGCUGUUUAAAGAGUGGCUUGGGAAACGGACCAGAAGACUCCAGCAAUAGGAAAACUGAGAAGAGGGAAUCCUGUGCUGUUCACGAGAACAGAUCUGUGAACUUCUGGCGUAAUAUUUGAAUCAUAAAUUAAAAACAAUGGAAAAUCUUUCUCCCUGUUCCACAUCACACACGGGAGAGAAGCCACAUCAAUGCCAGGAAUGUGGAAAGAGCUUCAGUCGGAGUGACAAUCUGCUUUCCCAUCAAAGGACUCACACAGGGGAGAAGCCGUAUCAAUGCAUGGAAUGUGGAAAAAGCUUCAGUCAGAGUGGACCGCUGCGUUCCCACCAAAGGACCCAUACUGGGGAGAAGCCAUAUAAAUGCAUAGAAUGUGGAAAAAGUUUCAGUCAGAGUGGAGAUCUGCGUGCCCAUCAAAGGACCCACACAGGAGAGAAGCCGUAUCAAUGCAUGGAAUGUGGAAAGAGCUUCAGGUGGAGUGGAGAUCUGCGUGCCCAUCAAAGGACCCACACAGGGGAGAAGCCACAUCAAUGCAUAGAGUGUGGAGAGAGCUUCAGUCAAAGUGGGACUCUGCGUCGCCAUCAAAGGACCCACACAGGGGAGAAGCCGUUUCAAUGCAUGGAAUGUGGAAAGAGCUUCAGUCACAGUGGAGGUCUGCAUUUGCAUCGAAGGACCCACACAGGGGAGAAGCCACACAAAUGCUUGGAAUGUGGAAUGAGCUUCAGUCGGAGUGGAGAUCUGCGUUCCCAUCAAAGGACUCACACAGGGGAGAAGCCAUACACAUGCCUGGAGUGUGGAAAGAGCUUCAGUUGGAGUAACGGUCUGCUUUCCCAUCAAGUGACUCACAGAGGGGAGAAGCCACAUAAAUGCAUUGAAUGUGGAAAGAGCUACAGUUGGAGUAACAGUCUGCGUGCCCAUCAAAGGACCCACACAGGGGAGAAGCCACAUCAAUGCAUAGAGUGUGGAGAGAGCUUCAGUCAAAGUGGGACUCUGCGUCGCCAUCAAAGGACCCACACAGGGGAGAAGACAUAUCAAUGCAUCGAAUGUGGAAAGAGCUUCAGUCAGAGUGAUCAGCUGCAUUUGCAUCGAAGGACCCACACAGGGGAGAAGCCACACAAAUGCUUGGAAUGUGGAAUGAGCUUCAGUCGGAGUGACAGUCUGCUUUCCCAUCAAAGGACUCACACAGGGGAGAAGCCAUACACAUGCCUGGAGUGUGGAAAGAGCUUCAGUCGGAGUAACGGUCUGCUUUCCCAUCAAGUGACUCACAGAGGGGAGAAGCCACAUAAAUGCAUUGAAUGUGGAAAGAGCUACAGUUGGAGUAACAGUCUGCGUGCCCAUCAAAGGACCCACACAGGGGAGAAGCCAUAUAAAUGCAUGGAAUGUGGAAAGAGCUUCAAUUUGAAAGCAACUCUGCGUUCUCAUCAAAGGACCCACACAGGAGAAAAGCCAUAUAAAUGCAUGGAAUGUGGAAAGAGGUUCAAUCAGGGUGGACAGCUGCGUUCUCAUCAAAGGACCCACACACAACUAGAGGAAGAGACCUGCCUUUGAAUUUCCCAAUUCUGCUUAAGUGUUCCAUCUCUCCUCCAGAAGACAAAGAAUGGGAGAAUGGAAGCAAAGAGAAGGCCGCCAUCUUGUUGCCUAUCUGUCAUGGAUAGGGUCUGGAGAACAAGGGUCUGGAGAACAAGCCCUAUGAGGAGCGGCUUAAAGAGCUGGGCAUGUUUAGCCUGCAGAAGAGAAGGCUGAGAGGAGACAUGAUAGCCAUGUACAAAUAUGUGAAGGGAAGUCAUAGGGAAGAGGGAGGGAGCUUGUUUUCUGCAGCCCUGGAGACUAGGACACAAGGGAACAAGGGCUUCAAACUACAGGAAAGGAGAUUCCACCUGAACAUCAGGAAGAACUUCCUCACUGUGAGAAGGGCUGUUCGACAGUGGAACUCUCUCCCCGGGGCCGUGGUGGAGGCUCCUUCCUUGGAGGCUUUUAAGCAGAGGCUGGAUGGCCAUCUGUUGGGGGUGCUUUGAAUGCGAUUUCCUGCUUCUUAGCAGGGGGUUGGACUAGAUGGCCCAUGUGGUCUCUUCCAACUCUACUAUUCUAUGAUUCUAUGGACAGCAGUCUGUGUGACCUGGCUUGAUUGCUGCUGGGGGCAGGUCCCCCAUAGAGGAGCUUUUGACUGUGCCUGCACCUGAUGAUUCCUCCGGGGAUUCUGGGUCUGUGGGCCAGCAGGACAGUCAAGAGACUUUAGCCCCUGAAAAUGAGAGUUCUCUCUCUGAAGGCUGCAUUCCAGCAAGGCAGUUUGUUCCAGGAUCAAGGUCAGGCACAGAACUGAGCUCAGAGGAUGGGAGGGAAAGGAGUGAAAUUCCAGUUGCACCAUUUAAUGAGGAACUGGAUAGAAGAAUAAUUUUUCUUCAACACAGAGCUUCCCCAGGAGAAAGUACGAAGGUCAAGUCCCCUAUUAGCAAAAAAGUCCUCAUUAGCUCAAAAAUCCUUAUCGGGUUCCCAGGGCCGACACCAUGAUUUUCUCAAUAUUAGCUAGACCAGCAAAUUACUCCCGUCAGUCUGGGCAACGUUGCUGAACGUUGGUGAUUCAAGUCAAGCCUGUUAAAGGGAUUUGUAGUUUCAUAUUUCUUUGUUCCUGUUUCAUGUGUUCAAGUUGCUCAAGACUGUUCCUGAAUCUCAUGCUUGGAUUUAUCCUGCUUUUGCAUACUUGGUUUUUGAUGUCUUUUAUGUACCUUGAUUUUUGUGGAUUAUUCCUAAUAUUUGAACUUUGGAUUUUUAUACUAUUUUACUGAAUCACUUUUCUUAUAUAUUCUCGAAUAAACUGUUUGCUGAUGUA